CUGUUUUGUUAAUGUCUAUUAUUGAAAUAUUCAGGCAGAGAAGAUAGGGUUGGACUACAUGGAUGUUGAAGCCUUGAAGAAGCUCAACAAAAACAAGAAAUUAGUAAAAAAGCUAGCUAAAAAGUAUCAUGCGUUUUUGGCCUCUGAAGCCGUUAUCAAGCAGAUUCCUCGUCUCUUGGGACCUGGUCUCAACAAGGCUGGGAAGUUCCCCACACUUGUGACUCACCAAGAAUCUCUCGAGUCAAAGGUUAAUGAGACUAAGGCUAUGGUCAAAUUCCAGCUUAAGAAGGUGCUCUGCAUGGGAGUAGCCGUGGGGAAUGUUAGCAUGGAGGAAAAACAAAUCUUCCAAAAUGUACAACUGAGCGUCAACUUCCUCGUGUCAUUGUUGAAAAAGAACUGGCAGAAUGUUAGGUGCUUGUACCUGAAGAGUACCAUGGGGAAAUCAUACCGUGUGUUUUAAGUUUUUUUUCUUAAAUUCAGUGAAUUUCUGAUCGCACUUAAUAUAUUGUCGUGAUAGGUUGGACAGAAUUUUUCAUUGUUCUACAGUUUUGUUGGAUGAGUAUUUUUUGGUUAGUAUUUUGUGUUAUUGACGUGUGUUUCCAGUGCUUUGUGCUUUGCAACAUCGGAUAAUUUAAGCGGGGUGCUAAUUUUAAGGUACCCGUUUUUUAUUUAUACAACAUGUGGAAUGGCCCGUUGAUGCACA